UUGAGUCGCACAGUCAGGAUGAGCCUCGCAACGCUUUCACCGGUUUCAUCAACGCCAGAUUAGCAGGUAUGAAUUUUAACACGUUUUAGUGACGUCACACAGCAGGGAGAUGAAGACGAGGCCGACAGGUGACACCAGCAAUGCGGACUGGAUGGGUUCCCUGUGUCCUUCAAUCACCGCCAUGCCGCUUAAAUACCUCGCCGUGCCUGGUUCUCACGACUCCUUUAGUUUCUGGGUGGACGAACAGGCUCCGGUCGGGCCUGAUCAGAAGGCGUUCGUCAAGCACCUAGCAUUCGUGUUCCGUCUGCUGGCCAAAAAAGUGAUGAAGAAAUGGUCCAUGACUCAGAAUCUGACCUUCAGGGAGCAGCUGGAAGUCGGCAUUCGCUACUUUGACCUCCGAGUCUCGUCUAAACCUGGAGAAACAGACCACGAGGUCUACUUCAUCCACGGCCUGUUUGGGCUCAGGGUGCGAGACGGACUCAGUGAUAUCAACGCCUUCCUGAACACUCAUCGCAAAGAGGUCAUCUUCCUGGACUUCAACCAUCACUACGCCAUGAAUGACGAUCACCAUCGCUUUCUCAUUAACAUGCUCAAGGAUGUUUUUGGAUCGAAGCUGUGCAAGAUCAACGUGGUGGAGGACAUCACGCUGGACUACCUGUGGGAGAAAAAGAACCAGGUCCUGGUGUUUUAUCACCACCCGUCCGCUAAGAGCUGCCCACUGAUGUGGCCUGGCAGUAAAAUCCCAGCGCCGUGGGCCAACACCACCGACACCACCAAACUCAUCCAGUUCCUGGAGACCACGCUGGGCGAGAGGGCCAAAUACGGCAGCUUCCACGUGUCCCAAGCCAUCCUCACACCUCGCAUCAAGACCAUCAUCAAAGGCCUUGUGCGGGGACUGCGCAACUACCUAGUCGAGAAGAACUUGCCGGUCAUCAUGGCGUGGGUGGAGACGCAGAAACCGGGUGUGGAUGGUGUGAACAUCAUCACCUCAGACUUUGUGGAGCUGGUUGACUUUGCCAACACCGUCAUCAGACUCAACGACCUUCUCCUCCUCCCACCGAACCAGGCAGUUACGUGACCCCUACAGCACCCCAAGGACAUCGCAACCAAAGUCACGACACCUCCAUGGAGUUUAGAAAUCACAUGACCAUCAUCAUCAACAUCAUCACUGACCUGCCGUUAUUUUCAAAAUUAUUGGCACCCUUCAUUAAAAUGAGUGAAUGUAAUUUUUUUUCUUACAUGGAAAAUUUUUUCUUAAGUCUUAUUUAUUUUUGUUGGUUUCAAAAUCAUCAGUGCACUAAAUGAAUGUUUUUUGCUGAAAAAAGUCGUGUUCGGUUGCAGCCUGACAGAGAGAGCCCCAUGACAGGCAUAAACCCCUGUUUGGGCAAAGCCCUGUGAUGAGAAAAAGGCCCUAGGUUGAACAGAAGCCCCCUGCUGGGCACAACAUGUGUUGAAACAUGUUGGGCCGAAGCCCCUGCUUGCCCAAAGCCUCAUGUUGCACAGAAGCCCUUGAUUGGCCAGAGCCCCACACUGGGCAGAAGCCCCAUGUUAGGCAGAAGCUACUAAUUGGCCAAAGCCCCAUGUUGAGCAAAGUGGGUAGCAAAGAGGUCACUUGAUGUUUUUUUAAAUAAUUUUUUAAAUAUAAUUUUAUGUUAAAUCAUCUGAAAGGGUGCCAAUAAUUAAUUGGAGUUGACUUUAAAAUAGAUUAUUAUUAUUGUUGUUGUUGUUGUUGUUGUAAAAAAAAAAUACAUGGUCAUUUGAUUUUUUAUUUAUUUUUUAUUUUUAUUUUUAACACUCAGGGUUAAUAAACGUAAUGAGGUAAAUCUAAUUUAUUUGUGAUGUUCAUUCCCUUUCUGCUCGCUCUGAGUAAUCGUCUGCUCUCUGGUUGUGGAAAGUCGGGAAUGCUGGUGCAGAAGAUGGGGACAGUUUUGUGGUUGGUGUCUCGAGCGUAUUUCUGCUGUAAUGUUGGGUUUCAGCUGAACACACGCUUUCUCUAUCUCAGCAUCUCUGUCUAUUUCCUCUCUUUCCUCUCCACCAGGCUGCAGGUUUGCACUUCAGGGCUCAGGUCAGGAGCAAACACUCGAAUCUCAUCAGCUUUUAAAUGCUUUAUUUUUCCGCUGGAAAGAAAUUAUUUAUCUUGCCUGAGCAAAAAAAGAAGGAAGGUGACAAACUCAUUGUGUAAUUACGCCAAUGGCUCGAUUGUUUCUGCGGACAUUUUGGGAAGUUUGCUGUGUGUUUGUAUAAGAGGUUUGAUUUAUCCAGAAGCCACAGUGACCGCGAGCAGCUGCUUGUGCCAGACAGAUCCUGACAAUGAUCAGUUUCUCCAUUUAGACUCUUCUCUUCUGAAACUCUAUGUUUAGACGUUCCGUCUCUGUAUAAAACAACAC